AUAUGGACGCACGGACGGACGCGGCAAACCGUGCAAUGUAUGCAUGAAUGUGUCUCCCUAUGCGCGCCUUUGGUCCAGCUGAGCCUGAGCAUGCAUGCUGCCGUACCCGGCCGGCGGCCACUUGUUCCAUUCUUCCUCUUCCUCCUCCUGCACUUGCUAUAAAUUAAUGGAUGCGGAUAGGAGAUAGCAAAGCAACAAACGCUAGCUCCACGGCCCCCGGAGGCAAUCAGGCAAUGGGCUCUCUCAGAAGCAGCAGCAGCGACAAGAGGAAGGAGGAUGCGAUGACACCGAUGGUGGACGCGGACGAGGCAUGCGCCCUCCUCAGCUCUGCUACUCAUCAAUAUCUCGAUGUCAGGAUGUGGGAGGACUUUGACAAGGGCCAUGUCGCCGGUGCUCGAAAUGUCCCCUACUACCUCUCGGUUACCCCACACGGGAAGGAGAAAAAUCCCCACUUUGUGGAGCAAGUAGCCGCGCUCUAUGGCAAGGACGACCGCUUCAUCGUGGGUUGCCGCUCUGGCGUUCGGUCCAAGCUCGCCACUGCAGACCUUCUAAACGCGGGCUUCAAGAAUGUGACAAAUCUGCAAGGUGGAUACCUUUCCUUGCUACGAAGUGCAAAUCAGCAGCACACAGCUUCCUCAUCGGUUAAUAUAAUUCAGGCACCCUAGCUAUAUGCGCGAGUAAAGAAGAAGAAGAAGCAGCAGCAGCUAGGGAGGAAAUGAAAUGCUGUAAUUAAUUAAAGAGUGAAUUGUAUAAAACUAUAAGUAUUGUGCUAUUUUUAUCAUAAAACUAUAGGUAUUAUGACUA